AUGGUCGGUGUCCUUCACCGCAGUUUAGGCACCUUUUUUUUGAGACUUAAGUCUCUAAAAAUUCUCUCUGUCCAGCUGCUUUUUGGACUAGCGUUAGUUUGGGCCCUUCAGCCUGGGGGCAUGAGUGGUUUGAAACCUUUCCCUUUAGGUGGUCAGUCAGUCAUGAUCGAAGAGGGCUUUAGUUGGGGGUUUAUGGAGACCCGCAAUUCCCCGACCCCGCAGCCCGACCUCUCAAGAGGAAGAUCCGGCGGGGGUUCUCCGUUCCCCCUAAAUCGAGGCUUUUUACUUGGUGAUGCCCCCUGGUCCCAAUCUGCUACAAAGGGGGGGGGGCUGCCACCUCCCCCACGAAUACGAGUCCAAGAACUCUCGUGGCCCGGAAGGCUAACGGGGCUGGGGCGCGAGAGCUAUCUCUCCAAGGAGAUUCUUCCAGACGUUAACCCCAGCCUGAAAAUCACACCCGGGGCACGAAGCCUCGGGCCUGCACAGGCCCAGCCCAGGGGGACCCCCAACCCUGCAAAGUCACCCAAACCGAGUCCCUGCCCCAGUUUGGAACCUCAGCUUGCUGAAAACCCGGGAAAAGGGAAAGCCCCAGUAAAGCCCCUCCUAAAGCAACCUCGGAACCUUCCCCAGGGCCUCUCCUCUCGCAAUCAGAAGCCCAAAAGAAUAAAAAAAACCCUUUUACUGUCAUGGACCCUCAAGGAUAUCCCCAGGGGGGGGAAAAUCCCUUUGCCCACCCCUGAUCCCCCCACCCCCUAA